AUGGAUAGCUUCCUGGGUUACUUCUCGCCGCGGAAGCAACAGCCGCCCCCUCCUCCAUUCACCGAGGCGCAAUCGCCACUCAAGGACACCGCGUUGCCCAAGGAGGACAAUGUCCGCACGCCGCACGGCUUUGUGCGCCGCUCGAUCUCAGCCGUGGACAGUCAGCGUGGCCAAGUUGCCAAUGCCUCGUCGCCCGCCGAAAACGACGACUCGAUUGAAGAUGACGACCAUCCCACCCAGCCCGACAACGUAGCCGACGGGGAUGUCGACAUGAUGGACGCUGAGCCUGCACCUCCCAGUGCAAGCAAGUACGGUUUCCUGUCCCCCCAAGUCCGGCGAGGCGUGAUGGGUGCCGAACCGGUCCCUCCGAGUGCUGGCAAAUAUGGCUUCCUCUCUCCUCAAGCUCGGCGAUCUGCCCGCAACUCGGCAGUGCAUCUGGAGCAACCCGACGCAGACGAGCCGGUCGGAGACGACGACGACGCGCAAUACACAUUCACCGGCAUCCUCGACCACCGCUGGACGGACAACGCCAUCGACGUCAAGGUCGCGUGGGAGGAGGGCCCCGCCACCUGGGAGCCCGAGGAGAACCUGCACCGCGACGCCCGCGAAAGCCUGUUCGCCUACUGGAAGUCGGUGGGCGGCCGGCCGCUGAACCCCGUCGACCCGGACCUGUUUGUCAUCUUCGCCAUCCGCAAGCACUCGCGCAACAAGAAGCGCCUGCUGGUCGAGUGGCUGGGCUACGACGCCAAGGAGAUGACUUGGCUGCCCGUGGCGGCGGUUGAGGAGACGGCCAGUGAAGUGGUGGCCGAGUACUGGAAGGGCUUGAAGAAGACCAAGUGA